AUGCGACAGGUGUUAUGUGAGUCUUCGAUGUACCAUGGUCCACCGAUAGAAUUUAUUCUGGAGCUUUUGUCGUUGAUCCUUCAUAACAAUCAUUUUAGAUUUGAGGAUCGGUGGUACUUACAAGUGGCGGGAACAUCUAUGGGGUCAGCCAUGGCCCCUAUGUAUGCCAAUGCGUACAUGUAUGCAUAUGAAACACAGCAUAUAUUGACCACAUAUAAGAAUAACAUUAUUGGAUAUUAUCGUUAUAUAGACGACCUGUUGAUCAUCUGGCGAGGCUCACAAACGGAGGCACAUAUGAUGGUGGAGGAGUUAAAUUUGUUGCCAACUCCUAUCAAGUUUACAGCCAAUAUCAGUGAGGAAAGUGUCCAAUACCUGGACUUAGAACUUUCCUAUGGAGACAAUAGAGUCCAAUACACAUUAUUUUCGAAACAGACUGAUCGGAAUACUCUUUUACACGCUAGGAGUGCACAUCCCAUUUCGUUGAAAAAAUCUAUUCCUAAAGCACAAUUCCAGCGAGUCAUUCGCAACAAUUCUGAUAUAAAUAAGGCUGAGUUACAAUUGAAAAUCAUGACCCAGAAGUUUUUGAACAGAGGUUAUAACAUUCAGGUACUAGAAGAAGCACUGUUGAAGGCAAAAUUGGCCCCGGUGCAAACAAAGACGGAUCCUGUACAGAAAAUAGUAUUUCCGAUGACGUUUCAUAAUUCUUCUAAUUUGAUUUCAACAAUUGUUAAAGACAAUUGGAAAAUGAUUGCUACAGAUGACACCCUGCCAAAGAUUUUUAAAGAGACUCCGUUAAUUUGCUACAGGAGAAAUAAGAGUCUUAUGGACAU